AUGUCAAGUACUGUGUCCUACUGGAUUCUCAGUUCUGCAAGAAAGACCAUUGCCACAUUACAGGGGGGACAACGUUUAUAUUCAAGGUAUGCCUCAAAUAGGAUUAAAUCAAAAUGGAGACUCUUACCUCAGGGGCCAGCCACCCUAAAAGACAACGCCACUGCAUGUGGUAGCAUUGCUCUGCGGAAAGCCUACAGACACACAUCAACGGAGGAAGAGGACUUCCACUUGCAGCUCAGCCCCGAGCAGGUAAAUGAGGUCCUGCGAGCUGGUGAGUCGGCCCACAAGAUUCUUGACCUUGUCAGCAGAGCUCCAGAGUCAGUGUUACGGUUUGAGAGCAACCAGCUAGCUGCCAAUUCCCCAGUGGAGGACCGGGGAGGUAUAGCUGCCUGCCUGCAGACCAAUGGACUGCUGUUUGGCAUCUUCGAUGGACAUGGUGGCCACGCAUGUGCUCAAGCAGUGAGCGAGAGGCUCUUCUACUAUGUGGCUGUGUCACUAAUGUCCCAGCAGACUCUGGAGCAAAUGGAGGAGGCCAUGGAAAGCAUGAAGCCCCUGCUGCCCAUCCUUCAGUGGCUCAAGCACCCAGGGGACAGUAUCUACAAGGAUGUCACGUCAGUGCACCUUGAUCACCUCCGUGUCUACUGGCAGGAGCUGCUAAACCUGCACAUGGAAAUGGGGCUGAACACUGAGGAAGCAUUAAUGUACUCCUUCCAGAGACUGGAUUCUGACAUCUCGCUAGAGAUUCAGGCCCCCCUCGAAGAUGAGAUGACCAGGAACCUUUCACUCCAGGUUGCUUUCUCAGGGGCAACGGCUUGCCUGGCCCAUGUUGAUGGGGUUCACUUGCACGUGGCAAAUGCUGGUGACUGCCGGGCCAUCCUUGGUGUCCAGGAAGACAAUGGCAUGUGGUCUUGUCUGCCCCUCACCCAGGACCACAAUGCCUGGAACCCAGCCGAGCUGUCACGGCUGAAAAGGGAGCAUCCUCAGUCCGAGGACAGGACGGUCAUCAUGGAAAACAGGCUGCUGGGUGUCCUCAUGCCCUGCAGGGCCUUUGGGGACGUCCAGCUGAAGUGGAGUAAAGAGCUGCAGCGCAGUGUCCUGGAGCGGGGCUUCGACACCGAGGCCCUCAACAUCUACCAGUUCACCCCCCCACACUACUACACCCCACCUUACCUGACAGCCAGGCCAGAGGUCACCUACCACAGGCUGAGGCCCCAGGAUAAGUUCCUCGUGCUGGCCUCGGAUGGCCUGUGGGACGUGCUGGGCAAUGAGGAUGUGGUGAGGCUGGUGGUGGAGCACCUGGCUGAAGAGGGUCAGCACAAGCCAGACCUGGCCCAGAGACCCACCAACCUGGGACUCAUGCAGAGCCUGUUGCAGCAGAGGAAAGCCCAGGGCCUCCACGCGGCCGACCAAAACGCGGCCACACGUCUGAUCAGAUACGCCAUAGGGAACAACGAAUACGGGGAGAUGGAGCCUGAGCGGCUGUCGGCGAUGCUGACGUUGCCAGAGGACUUGGCGAGGAUGUACAGGGAUGACAUCACAGUCACCGUGGUGUAUUUCAACUCAGAAUCGAUUGGUGCAUCUUCCAAGAGGAGUUAA